AUGUCAACAUCGGAUUUUGAUAACUGGGAACCAGUUGAAGAUGAAGCCGGUCCCCUGCCGCCGCUAGGUACACCCUUUCGGGCUGGGCUAUCGAUAUCGCCGUCGGAAAAGGCAAACGAAGCUUUAAACGUCAAAUCAUCAAAUUCACCUAUAAGAUCUGUAAGUGGGUCUCACCGAAGCUCGGAGUCUUCAAUUGAAAAUCCGGCAUUGAAAGCUAGCCCCGCUGACCCUGAGUUGACCAAAGUGGAUCCUGUCGCGGGGCUUACGUCUCUGCCUACUAGAGAUGCUACAGCCCUCAGUUCCGUCAAUAAUAUAAUAGACCUGACUCGAGAAAACAGAAUCUCGGGAAGCGACACGACCGACGAUGCUGCGGCGGGUUCGUUUUUCAACAGCAUGAUGUCAUCUCUUUCAUUCAGUGGGGCUCCACAUAAGAAUGCUGGCCACUCUAGGACGGCGUCACAAUCCUCGGAACCCAAUUCUCCAAGCAUUAUAUCCUAUCGGAAAACCUCAUCUGCCCGAAAAAGCAAAAGAUCUAUCAGCAACGACGCAGACGUACCGACCUCGCCUCUACAACGUGCCGAGAAACCUGAGGAGCUCCUUCAACAGGAAUUCGACAAAAGACUUUACGUUGACGAGAAAUUAUCAGGAACAUCGUUUCACUUUGCUACUAACGCCAGAAACGAUGAGUUUCACUCAAUUUUCAAGUCUGCUCCUCUAAGCGACCGACUGCUAGACGACUUCAGCUGCGCCUUAAGUCGUGAAUUCUUAUUUCAAGGUAGGCUCUACGUCUCUCAGUCAGACCUAUGCUUCAAUUCCAAUCUUCUAGGAUGGGUCACGAACCUGGUAAUCUCUUUUAGAGAUGUGACAUCUAUGGAAAAAACUUCUACCGCAGGUUUAUUUCCGAAUGGAAUCUCUAUUGAAACACACUUGGGAAAACAUCAAUUUGCCAGCUUCAUAUCUCGAGAUACCACAUUCAAUUUCAUCAAAACUGUUUGGUUAAAAUUCAAAGAAAAGAACCAUAAUGAUACGAGUUCAAAUGAAGAUGACAUCAAAGAAACGACCUUUUCAGGCGAGCUUGUAAUUUCUGGCUUGAAUGGUGUUUCUGAACCUGACCAUAGAGAUUGGGAGAAAGAGCCACCGUCAAGCCGCCAAAGUUUCCUUAGUGCCAAUGACGCUCGCAUCGAGAAUGCUAUUUUGUCAGUAGACGACUUCACACCUUUUUCCUCUGGAAGUCUACGUCACAAGGAUUAUAGCAGAAAUGGGAAUGACGAAAGUUACGAUGAUGAUGCCGAUGACAAUGAUGAUGCCGAUGAAGGAAAUGCUAGUGAAGAGGACAGCCGGGAUGACAUUUCAUCUAUGCUAGACACGGAUGAGAACACCAAUAAAAGUGUUUCGCAAAAGGUCUACAAAUUGAAUGAAAGUAGUAGCUACCAAUACGAUGGUCCGUUAAGCAACCACGAGACUGCUUAUCCAGCCGAUUCAUUAAACAGUGCAGAGCAGAUCUUGUCUGAGGUGGAGCUCCAAGCUCCUCCGGGGAUUGUUUUUCGGAUAUGCUUUAGUGAUCACAAUCAAUCAUUUCUAGUUGAGUUCUUGAAAUCUCAAAAUUCUUCCGAGAUCCCCGAAAUUGGUCCAUUCAAGCAGGAAGAGAAUGGUGAAAAGAGUAGAAAAUACGAAUAUAUCAAGGGCCUUAAUUAUUCUGUCGGUCCAAAAUCUACAAAAUGUCUGGUGACCGAAGAAAUCAGGCACUGCGAUUUUGAAGGGUUCGUGGAUGUUGUGAAUACGACGAGAACACCUGAUGUUCCUAGCGGCAAUAAUUUUUCUGUGAAAACACGCUAUAUGUUUCGAUGGGCGUCAUCAAAUUCAGCCAUGCUGCGGAUCUCUUUUUGGGUUGAAUGGAGUGGAACAAGCUGGAUUAAAUCGAUGAUAGAAAAGAGCUGUAAAUCAGGGCAGACAGAGGCGACAGAUGAGUAUAUUAAAAUGCUAAAAGAGGCUAUUGCAAACAAUACUAUGGAAAGCAUCGCGCAAGUAUCAAGCAAGCGUUCUGAAAAGCUUCGCCCGAAUAAGAAAUUAGACAAUGCAAGCACUGUCGUAAAGAUAGCGGAAAAUGAGAGAGGAGCGACCACUGCAGAACCUUCACUUGGUGAUCCAAGGCGCCAGAAUAUCUCUCUCAGCACCUUAUUGAUCUUACUUCUUCUUUCAACAAAUCUGGUUCUCUUGUUAGCUCUGCUAAUCAAUCAAAAAGUCCUAUUGAAUGAGAUCAAGCAGAGUGACGUUUUGUCGUUGAAAUUUCCCAAAAACCCGAAUUUUCACAGUUUUCUUUCCGCUGCUAAGAAUCUGUACGGAAAGAAAGAUUCUAUUACGGACCCUGUUCUAACUGAAAACAUAAAAUUAGCUGAACAAUUGGACAUAUGGGAUUGGCUUGAACAACGAAGUGAGCAAAGAACAGGGGACAGACAAGUUCCAGACACCGAAAGCAGGGAACAGCUUCAAGAAUAUCUAAAUUUCUUAAUAAGAAAAUGGGUGAGUGGAGAACUGUCGUCCACAGAAAGGGAAAAGUUUCUGCGUAGACUUUUCGAGCUGAAGGAUUUUUUUCGACCAUCAUACAAUGGUGGCUUGGACAGAGCAGAUAACUAUAAUGUUUCCAAAAUUGCAAUGGCUUUGGAACAUUUAAUUGACGUAUAA